AUGGAGAGAUAUUCCCAAAGUGAAAUAAGAUUCAAUCUCAUGGCAGUUAUCAAGAACAGGAAAGAGAUGUACACUGCCGAACUUAAGGAGCUCCAAAAGAAGAGGGAACGCGUCUUGCAGCAGCUGGCCACCGUACAGACCGAAAGACCUACAGACAAAGCCAGUUUCGAAGCACUAAACAAGCAACUUUCUGAAGUGAAUUCAGGGAUUGAGGGUGUCACUGAGAAAAUUUUGAUGGAGGAGGAGAAAUUCAAGAAGUGGAGAACCGAAAAUAUUUGGAGGAAACACAACUACAUACCCUUCUUGUUCAACUUCCUCAAAAUCCUUGCUGAAAAGAAGCAAUUGAAGCCGCUUAUUGAGAAAGCCAAGCAGAAGAACAGCAUCUCCAGCUUUUUGGCGUAUGAAUCAAGUGAUCUUAGUAGUUAA